AUGAACUUCUCCAGUGUUAUCUCUAGUUUAAGCAGUAUUCGAUCUUUUGAUACCAUGGAUUCCUUUGACACCGUUAUAGCAAUCGACUCCUCAAACGACAUCACCUCACCGUCACAAACUCUGCAGGAACUGACCAACUUAUUGGCUACAAGUGAAGAGUGGCAAGUCAAUGGAGAUGCGACCUUCAUGAAAAAUAAUCAUGUGUUGGAGAUGCUUUCGCUUCAUUUACCAUCGAUGGAAGAUUCUGCACAGCUACAAGUCAUCGAUCGCUUGAUAUGUUUCGCGGAGUACAGCGACAUGAAUAAGUGGAUCAUGUUUAAGACGAAUAUAACUAGUAAAUUAUUGACCACCAUUAUCUGGAAGUCGUGGAACAGGAGUGAGGUAGCUGAAAAGACAAUGAGGUUAUUGGAGAUCAUAUGUUCUUACUCCGUCAAAGUCUCGGAUGUAAAAUUGAUAUUGAAUAAGAUAUGCAACAAGAAUGAUGGGGACGUUUCCCCACAUCAAGAAGAAUCUGCUUGGUACCAAGGUGCUCUGCUAAAGUUAUUAUACUCCAUCGCUCCGAAACAAAACACCAUGGACUUUAUUUAUUUCAAAGGCAUCGAGUCUGGUAUAGAGUUAUCACCCAUCGAGAAAUUUCCGGCGAAUGGGUAUUCAUUCUUUACUUGGAUAAAGAUGGACGCAACCCCAUCACCAAAAGAACAUGUCGAACACGGAGACUACAUCCCGAGAUUAUUUUCAUUCUUCGCCGAGUCCGGGGAUGGAAUUGAGGCCUAUUUUGAGAACAAUGAGCUAUGCUUUCAUUGCAAAAGGGGUGAAAUUGUUUCAAGGGCUGUCAUGUCUAAUUUCAAGUUUACCCAAAAGAGGUGGUACUUUAUCGUUGUGGUGCAUCAACCGGAGAAGAGAGGUUGGACGAUCACCCCUUCGGAAUUAAAUGUCGUCGUGGAUGGUCAGAUAAACUUCAGAGCGCGUCUGGAAUAUCCCGUUGAUCUUUAUUCCAAGAACAUUCCAUCUUUUAGUCAUUGCUCAGUUGGAGCUAGCAUGUCAAUUAGUCCGCCACAAUCUCCUGACAGCGAUCAUUCGAAUGCCUCUACAUCAUCUAGUGGACUUCACAAUUGCUUCCGCGGCCAAAUGACAAGUUUGUAUAUGAUUAACGAUGUCUUAACAAAGGAGCAAAUAAUUGCGCUUUAUGAACUCGGCCCGAAUCACUCUACACAAUUUGAACCUGAUCAAAAAAAGGAUAUUUUAUCAGCCUGUAAUCUAUUUGAUGGGACUCUCGGUCCUAGGAUGGUAUUUAAUUUUCACGUAAAAGCCUCAUCGGGUCAAAAAUGUUUUAAUCUAGCAUCGCGGAAUUUAGUCACUAAUACUCGGGAGAUGAUCUCGGCCACGUUAUUUGGCAUUGAAAAAUGCUCAACGCUUAGUUUGAGGAAUGCCAUACAAUGUUUGGGAGAUGUGGAAAUUCUGUUUCCCAUUAUAAUGAGGUUUGAUGAUCUGAAUUCUGUUAGCCUUCAAGCUCCGUUCGGGUCUCAGGACAAUUUUUUUGCUUCGGUGGGACCAUGCAAAGCUUUUUUUGACCUCCUGUCAUCAUUGUUACAGUCUAACACCAAAAGUCAGAAUCACAUAAUCAAAUCUCGUGGUAUCAAGAUUAUCAGUCUAUUAUUGCAGCAGGUUGGGCCGAGUCAUUUUUCCAUAUCAGCAUUUAAAAGCAUGAUUAUAUUAGCCAGUAGUUUAGAAGCAAACGAGGAUUUGGCACGUGAAAUUUAUUUGAAUCUCGUUUUUGAGUUUCGUUUGUGGAUGUAUGCGUCAAUGGGAAUUCAACGGUAUUGCAUAGAGUUUCUUAAGAAUUUCAUUGAUUCCAGGAAACAAAUGUGUAGAGAAUUGUUUGGAGUGCAAUAUAUUCUGGAUAUCCUUUCGAGUGUGUAUUGGUACAAACAAAACGAACUUUCUUCGCCAGACAGACAUCCCACCGCUAACUCCGCUAGGCCGAAACCUUCAUUAGUUAAACAAUUACGUGAAAUGCUCCUCGGCAUAAUCGUGAAUUACUUCAAGGACGGAAUAUUUAAGGAUGAGGUCCUGGGGAUAUUCAGGAAUUUGUUGAUUAGCGAAGACGAUGAGCAUAUAUACGAGAUUCUGAAUUUACUUCUCAACUUGUUGACUAGUGGAUCAAAUAAAAGUAUGGUUGACAUAUUUGCGUCCUACGGAGGAUUCGAGAUUCUGUGCGAGCUAUUGAAGCGUAAGGAUGAAAGUGUUAAGGUUCUAUGUAUAAGGUUGAUUACUUGUUUGAUCAAUAGUCAGCAUACACCAUCAAGAAUUGUCGAUAAACUUCGAUUUGAGAAUACCGAUCCGCUAAAUUUGAUAAAGUUAUUGGAAGGCACUCCAUUCACAUUACCGAUCUAUCAUUCCUUAUUAUCUUGGGCACUAGAGCAGUUUAACAUGCCUGGUUCACCCGACAAGGACACCGAGUCAUCUUCGGCAUAUCUCACGAUCAAAAAUUUCAAUAUAAUAAUUGUAACAUUGGCGCUGUUGGACUGCGAUGGUACAAAGCCGACAGUGCAAUGCCGAGUACUCGAAGAUUUGGUCAAGAUGUUUAGGCAGAACAUAUCUUUUUGUAACGAACUACAUCGAAUAUGGAACUGGCAGAAGUACCUUUUUCGUUUGAUCCCAAUAUACGGUAGCCAAGACGAAAUGCACGUUAAGAAAGGAAGUAAGGAUACUGCGGAUUGGGCACUGGAGUUGGUGGCGACGGUGACAUGGAACAUGUUCGAGGUAGAUCUCACUGCCUACAAGAUUGUCGAGGAUACUAUAAUAUCCAUAUGGAUGAGUGGGCGACCUGAUGCUAUCGAGGUUAUUCGAGCGUUCCUUACGCAGAUGCUAUUGUUUACGACCAGAGAAAUGAGGAAUUCGUUUGGAGCCUCUUUUGCAAAAAUAAAACGGGAAAAUGUCACGCGAUUGAUGUCUAUGGCCGAAGAGAUCUUAUUUAAUCACAGAGAUCUAGCUCAGACCAUGGUGCAAAGACAGUCCAGUAGUAAUGGAUUUAAGUCGUCUGGGAGUUAUCCUUCCUCAAUUCGUUCCGCAUAUGAAUCUACCAUGCCGUCAUUUAACAUGCUGAGAUUCGAAGAAACAGUGAUUUCGAAAAUUGAAUCAAAUUUCUCUGUCUUCUCAUCUCAAAAAUAUGAGGAUAUGGUAUUUCAGAGUGCUAGCAAUCCAUGGGAGGAGAAUAGAGAAUUGGCAGAGAUGUAUUUGGAGAUUGUGGACGGUCUUGAUAGUAACGGGAAUUGGAAGAUGGAACUGACUGCGAAUCGAAAUGAAACGCCACCAGGUGAUAAUUGUCGUAUGGUUUUGCGCGUUCUAAUUUCCGGAAUAACGUUGCAUGAUCACGUAUUACGGGAAAAGUCAUUGGAGAAAUUGAUGGAGUUCGUUGAAAGACACGUGAGAGUUCCGAGCGCGUCACCGAAAGACGAACAGAAACUAUUGGAUAAUUUUUACUGUCACGACAGUGAAGUUUUUGAGCAGCAUAUCUUUACAGUGCUGGGGGAAAUUCACGAGGCAUUCAUGCAAGUUUUG